CAUAAUAUUCCAUAGAUCGAUUUUUCUCAAGAAACAAACACAAACAAGAAAGCAAAAGAAGAAGAAGAAGAAGAAGAAGAAGAAGAAAUGGAAUGUUGUUGGGUUCGGACAAUGUUACUUCUCAUUUUCUUUUCUCCGGCUUUUGUUGAUUCUGCUGUUCGUCAUUAUAAUUUUACAGUGGUUAUGAAGAACACAACAAAGCUUUGUUCAAGUAAAUCUAUUGUCACUAUCAAUGGAAAGUUUCCUGGCCCAACUCUUUAUGCAAGGGAAGAUGAUAAUAUCAAUUUGAAGGUCAUCAACAGUGUCAAAUAUAAUGUUUCUAUCCACUGGCAUGGGGUGAGACAGUUGCGGACGGGCUGGGCGGACGGGCCAGCAUAUAUUACGCAGUGCCCAAUUCAGCCGGGACAAAGUUACCUUUACAAUUUCACUCUUACUGGGCAAAGAGGGACACUUCUCUGGCAUGCACAUAUUUCAUGGCUAAGAACAACGGUACAUGGUGCCAUUGUCAUCUUGCCUAAGAAAGGUGUUCCUUACCCUUUUCCAAAACCGAACAAGGAAAAACUCAUCAUAUUAGGUGAAUGGUGGAAAGCAGAUACUGAAGCAGUGAUCAAUCAAGCAAUGCAAACUGGUUUUCCACCCAAUAUAUCAGAUUCUCACACCAUUAAUGGCCAUCCAGGACCCGUUCCUGGUUGUACUUCUCAGGGCUACACAUUACAUGUAGAACAUGGCAAGACCUAUUUGAUACGUAUUGUAAAUGCAGCAGUAAACGAUGAGCUAUUUUUCAAGAUUGCAGGACACAAUCUAACUGUUCUUGAAGUCGACGCAUGCUAUACUAAACCCUUUAAUACUGAUACAUUAUUUAUGGGUCCAGGCCAAACAACAACUGUUCUGCUAAAUGCAGAUCAAUCAACUGGCAAGUUCUUAAUAGCAGUAUCUCCAUUUAUGGACACAAUUGUUGCUGUUGAUAACCUAACAGCCAUUGCUUUCUUGCGUUACCAGGAUACCGUCGCUUUUUCCCCUCCAGUUCUUACAGCAACACCUCCUAUAAACGCAACAUUAGUAGCAAGAAACUUUGUAGACAACCUUAAAAGCCUAAACUCCAAAAAUUACACGGCCAAUGUCCCAUUAACAGUAGACCAUUCUUUAUAUUUUGCCAUUGGAGUUGGAAUCAAUUCUUGCUCUACAUGUCUUAAUGGUAGCAGAGCAGUUGGAGAUAUUAAUAAUGUUACAUUUAUAAUGCCAACUACAGCUUUACUCCAAGCACAUUAUUACAACAUUAGAGGGGUUUUUACAGAUGAUUUUCCGGCAACUCCACCUAAUCCUUUUAAUUAUACUGGGAAUUAUACGGGUGGUCUUGCUACGAAGAAUGGGACUAGACUAUAUAGAUUGUCUUUUAAUUCUACAGUUCAAGUUGUUUUACAAGGUACUGGUAUAAUUGCACCUGAAAGCCAUCCUUUUCAUCUUCAUGGAUCUAAUUUCUUUGUUGUUGGGAGAGGAGUUGGGAAUUUCGAUCCUGUUAAUGAUCCUAAGAAAUUUAAUCUUGUUGAUCCUGUCGAAAGGAAUACUGAUAGUGUACCUACUGGUGGAUGGGCUGCAAUCAGAUUUAGAGCAGAUAACCCAGGUGUUUGGUUUAUGCAUUGCCACUUGGAAGUGCACACAUCAUGGGGAUUAAAGAUGGCAUUUGUAGUGGAUAAUGGGAAAGGGCCAAAUGAGUCGCUGCUGCCACCUCCAAGUGACCUUCCUAAGUGCUAGAAAUGUAUACAUGAAGCUGCUUUGAAAGCAAAGCAUAUACAAAAACUAGGCAUUGAGAGGAGUAGAAGAGUGUGAAUUGAGGCUUAUAUGCACAAAAAUCUAAAAAAAAAAUUAUAAUAAAGGAAAUAAAGAACAGAGAAAAUCUGAGUUCUAUUUUUAAACAAAGGGGAAUUACUCGAAAAUGAGUGAAUAAUAAAUGAUGUAAAAGAUAAUUAUGCUUAUCAAUUUAUUUUCUCUACGACAGAAAUUUGUUUCACACUAUGAGUAGUGUACUUGAUGAGAUAUACGUACAUUCUUGUAAUAUUUUUUUCUUAAAUUGUAAAGUGUAAACAAAAAAAUAAUGAGUUUCUUAUC